CCAAUGACGGCUUGACGUCGUCACUUCCGCUUCCGGUGUCACUAUCGACGUUAGAACUGACAGUUUAGUAUUUAGCUGCGUGUUGGUUUGUUUUCACGUAUUAUAUUCAUUACUUUUGUACACGUAGUAAAAAAAAAAUGUUAACAUCGGGGUGAAUUUGUUGACACAAUAUCGUGUUGGAGCGUGAAUGUUAGCCAGCACUAUGGCGAGCGCUGCUAAUGCUAAUGCUAAGCUAAACGCAGUGCGGGAGACUAUGGACGUGUUACUGGAGAUCUCCAAGCUGCUCAACACGGGCCUGGACAUGGAGUCUCUGUCCAUCUGCGUCAGACUGUGUGAGCAGGGCAUCAACCCCGAGGCUCUGUCUGCCGUCAUCAAGGAGCUGAGGAAAGCCUCGGAGACCCUGAAGGCUGCUGAAAACUGCACAAACUAAAAAUGAGGCCGUUGGUUUGGGAUUGUUUGGACUGGAACACACCUGUGUGUUGUACCUGCACUAUGGAAGCCCCAGUCUGUUGUCUCCAUGACAUCCUGUCCCCCUCCAUCCUUGCCUUAAACUAAGAGAGGACACCCGCCAUCUAUAAUAGUAUAUUUUUGUUUUAUUCACAAAGUGUCAUUUGUUUUUGUUAUUUCUGCGUAAACACGCAUUCUUUGAGAGUCAAACCUGAAAAGUGGGAAUGAAAGCGCUGGUCAGCAGCCACUAGGGGGUGCUGUGGUUUACUAAUCCAAUGCGGUGUGACCAUUCAACUUCAAAAUGUGCAACUUCUCAAUGCAAAACUCACAACGUAAUCCUGAAAUGAAACAUUUCACAAUGCAAUCCCCUGCAUGAAGAAGUAUUCUGCUGUCAUAAUAUAGCAUGACGUGUUUGAACCCCAUGAACUGCACUGCAACAACACAUUAAAGAAGACAUGGAAGUUCUUAGCGCAUCAAAAAGUCCUUUUUCCAACACGUAAAAAUUUCACAUUGGAAUGACAUCUAUUAUUAGGGACCAAAUGUCCCUUUGGUUCAAAGGACCCUGUUGUAUUUCUAAGGUUUUAUUAUUAUUUGUUAUUCCGCCACCUCUUUGAACUGUAAUUUGACCCCCUAACAUGCUUCAAAACUCACCAUAUUUAACACAUCAGGACUGGCGAAAAUUGCCAUCUAAUAAAAAAAAAAAAAACUCAAACUUGCGCUCUAGCGCCUCCUAGGAAAAAACACAGACAAAACUGCUUGUAACGUCCGUUAAGAAUGUCACAGAGACCUUAAACAAAAACCUCUAUGUAGGUCUGACUUAGAUCUAGAUUUCAUACAUUGACAUGCUUCAGCAAAAAUCCACAGGAAGUUGGCAAAAACCCCUUCAAAACAAAAGUUUCCCAAAAAAUGUCAUUUUUGCCUCUUUGAGCUGUAAUUUGACCCCCUUAAAAUGCUUCAAAACUCACCAAACUGUUGGACACACACAUCAGGACUGGUGAAAAUUCCAUCCAUCCAUCCAUUUUCUACCGCUUAUUCCCUUUUGGGGUCGCGGGGGGGCGCUGGCGCCUAUCUCAGCUACAAUGGGGCCGAAGGCGGGGUACACCCUGGACAAGUCGCCACCUCAUCGCAGGGCCAACACAGAUAGACAGACAACAUUCACACUCACAUUCACACACUAGGGCCAAUUUAGUGUUGCCAAUCAACCUAUCCCCAGGUGCAUGUCUUUGGAAGUGGGAGGAAGCCGGAGUACCCGGAGGGAACCCAUGGAUUCACGGGGAGAACAUGCAAACUCCACACAGAAAGAUCCCGAGCCUGGAUUUGAAUCCAGGACUGCAGGAACUUCGUAUUGUGAGGCAGACGCACUAACCCCUCUGCCACCGUGAAGCCUGGUGAAAAUUCCGAUCUAAUAAAAAAACAAACUCAAAAUUGGUCUGUACCCCCCCCUUAGGAAGAAAACACAGACACAACUGCUUGUAACUUCCGGUAGGAAUGUCGUAGAGAAAUGAAACAAAAACCUCUAUGUAGGUCUCACUUAGACCUGCAUUUCAUUCAUUUACAACCUUUAGCAAAAAUCAAGAGGAAGUUGGCAAUUAACCCUUGAAAACAAGUUUUGUAAAAACCUGUCACCUUUUUUCAAACAAUAUCUCCUCUGAGCGCGUUUGUUGUGUCGCCUUCGAACUCGCACAGGAAAGAGAUUGAACCCUUCUGAUUAAAAGUUGACGAAAGAGUUUUUCUAA